GGAGGAAGAACCACAACUUGGCGUAUCGUAGGAAACAGUUAUUAUUAUUAGCCGACAACAUUUGCAGCUCAAUGGUGCUGUCUCCGUGUGUUUAUCAAAUCAGCUGGUGUUUCUAAGUUGUUCAGUGAUGGAGGUAAACAAAGAUGAAGCGGAGCGAUGCAUCGAGAUCGCGCUCGGAGCGCUGGAGAACGCGCAGCCGGAGAAAGCGCGCAGGUUCCUGGAGAAAGCGCAGCGGCUCUACGCGACGCCCAGAGCGCAGGAGCUGCUGGAGUCUCUGGAGCGGAGCGGCGAGGCCUGGUCUCAGAACAGCGCCGCAGGAGCUCGUCAGCGCAGGUCUGGGGUCAGCAGUAACGGCGCCGCGCCGGCGGACUCCAGUAAACCCUACACACCGGAGCAGGCCGAGGCCGUCAGACGGAUAAAGCAGUGCAAGAACUACUAUGAGAUUCUUGGCGUUCAGAAAGAUGCUUCUGAAGACGAGCUGAAGAAAGCUUACAGAAAACUGGCAUUGAAGUUUCACCCUGAUAAGAAUCACGCCCCGGGGGCCACGGAGGCAUUUAAAGCCAUAGGAAACGCGUAUGCAGUUCUGUCUAAUGUGGAAAAGAGGCGGCAGUACGAUCAGUUCGGAGAGGAGCGGAGCAGCAGCGGCAGAUCCAGCCAGAACAACACACAGUUUGAGGCCGAUAUCUCUCCUGAAGAUCUCUUCAACAUGUUCUUCGGAGGAGGCUUCCCUUCUAGUAAUGUUCACAUGUACAGUAACGGACGACGCUUUAAUCAGAAUCAUGGCGAGAGAGGAGAACACCGAGGGGGAGGUCUUGCUCUCCUCAUGCAGUUGAUGCCCAUCCUCAUCCUCGUCAUCGUAUCAGCGCUCAGUCAGAUGAUGGUGACCAACCCUCCCUACAGCCUCAGCUUCAGACCGUCAGCGGGUCACACACACAAGCGCGUGACGGAGAAUCUGGGCGUGACGUAUUACGUGAACGAGCGUUUCUCUCAGGACUUCAGCGGCGUGAGACUGAAGCAGGUGGAGAGCAGCGUGGAGGACGACUACGUCUCCAACCUCAGGAACAACUGCUGGAAAGAGAAACAACAGAAGGAAGGGCUGCUGUACCGCGCGCGUUAUUUUGGGGACAGCGCUCUGUACCAGCGGGCGCAGCAGAUGGGAACCCCGAGCUGCUCUCGGCUGUCGGAGGUUCAGGCGUCUUUACACGGAUAGAGGAAGCGGUCACUGCGCUACCUGGUUCCAAAAAACAAUCUCUCCAGUCUGGAAUAUGGAAGAAUGCCAUACGGAUUGUAAAUACAUUUGUUGGAACAACCAAUGAACUUGACUAGGAAAGACUUACUGAGGGCUGAAAGUGUGUGUGCAUGUGUGUGUGCAUGUGUGUGUGUGUGUGCGUGUGUGUGUGCGUGUAUGUGUGUGUGUGCGUGUGUGUGUGUGCGUGUGUGUGUGUGUGUGUGUGCGUGUGUGUGUGUGUGUGAAAUCAGAGCUGGUGUUUUUUGGCUCCUGUGGAUGACAGACGUUUCCCUGCAGUCUGAAUAAAGUUAAUGUCACUAGAUUCAGCCCCUUUACAGGUCAGAAAUCAACAAUCUGCUUUUGCUUUAUGAAACAGACUGGAGGUCCGAUGACAUCUGCAUAUAUUUAUUUGAGUUUGUUUAGAUCAAGAUCAUGUCUUUUUAAUGAUUUAUAUUUGUAUGUUUGAGAUUUAUCUAUGCAGGGAUAUUAUCGAGUAUGCGUUCGACUUUAACGACAGCUGUCCUGCGUCUUUCUCUGACGGCUGCUGUACACAGGUGAUAUUUAUUGGAGGAUUGAAUAGGAAUAUUUAUUUCAUACGAAGGUUUAUUUUCUACAUGACUUAGUGGAAAUAUUUCAUUGCUGACAGAGACUACGCUGCAGUUAUUUCACUCUGAAUACAAAUAAAGAUUGUAUGUGCCACUGUC